AUGGCGACGAGAAAUCCAUCCCCUCCUCGUGAUGAAAGUGAGACCUCACCGCCUCCCGUCUCAGACAACAUUGGCGAGACAGCAUACAGUAAAAUGUGGCUGUAUUCGCUCAUUUUGAGGGUCCUCAAGUUUCUUCAAGCGGAGCCUGGAGAUCCCGAUAUCACUGUAUCCGACACGAUUGACAGCGAGCUGGAGGAAGAAUUAUGUUGCCUCUGGGACAUUACUGUGAACAGAGAAGUUCUGCCGCAUCUUCGAGAGUUUCGUCUCGUUCCUGUCUUCUCUGGCGCCGUGGCCCGUGUGCUCUGUCCGCGCCUAACGGAAAUUUCUUUGGGCAUCCUGGCUAACAUGGCUCUAGAUGAAAGCGAGUGCGCUCAAAUGACCGAAGAACCUGCUUUCAUCAUAAACACUCUGAACCUCAUGGCUUCGACCGAUGCACGAAUUUUACUGGAGCUCUUCAGGCUCCUACAAGCCGCUCUUGCGUCCCACUCAAAUAGACAGGCCUGGCUUGAUGCCAUCCACUUUACUCCAGAAUUUUUUGACAGGGUCACUUUCAUCCUCUGCAGUUCUACAAAUGCUGGCCUCCUAGUAAACACAAUCAGUGCCGUGGAAACCAUUGUCCGGGUGGAUGACAGCAUUUCGGAGGUUUGGUGCAAUGACCACUUGCUCAGCUCCAUUCUAGAAGCACAAAAACAAAUGCACUGGCUGCAUGGCGACGAAGUCGAGGUGAUCCACCGCCUUCUGUACAUCUUCUCCUCGAACCGCAGCGGCGUUCAGACGUUGAGUAAGUUUGCGUCAGGAAUUUGGUCUCUACUAUAUUCCUCGUGGUAA